AACAUUCAUUUGUCGGAUUAUUCCUCAGCGCGCGCUCUCUCUCUAUCUCCAUCUGUAACCGACUCUUGUUCUUCGCCUUCUCCUUCGCCAGAUGUCCGACAGCCGAUAAAUCUUCCCAAGGAUACAUCAGCUUCACGCCCUUAGGGUCCCCAUUUCUUCCCUGCUCGCCUGAUUCGUUCUUCCUUCUUUUCAGGAUCACUGACUCCAUAAAUUGUUUUGUAUUCUGCGAUUUCAUCCCCCCUCUCUCUCUCUCUCAUUCUCUUCCUCCCCUUCCUUUCCUUUCGCCAUAACUUUCCCGAUUUGUUUUUGGGUCGUCAGAUUUAAGUUUGUGGACAAACCUUUUCUUUAUAUUUCCUACGUACAAAAAGGAUGAGGUUUAGGGAUGAAGAUGAGAGAGAUGAACAUAUGCUAUCAAUGGGAAACAACCCUCUUACACCCCAGCCGAUGAGAGUGGUUGGAUACGCUCUCACGUCAAAGAAGACUAAGAGUUUUUUACAGCCCAAACUUGAACUUCUUGCUAGGGAUAAGGGAAUAUUGUUUGUUCCCAUUGACCAAAGCAGGCCACUUUCAGAGCAGGGUCCUUUUGACAUAGUCUUGCAUAAGCUAACUGGAAAGGAAUGGCGACAGAUUCUCGAGGAUUACCGGCAAACACAUCCAGAAGUUACAGUUCUCGAUCCUCCAGAUGCCAUACAGCAUGUAUACAAUCGCCAAUUUAUGCUUCAGGAUGUUGCUGAUCUGAACUUGUCUGAUGCAUAUGGCACAGUCGGUGUGCCAAAGCAAUUGGUUAUAAAGAAGGAUCCGUCAUCCAUUCCUGAUGCAGUAUACAGAGCUGGAUUGACAUUGCCUCUUGUUGCGAAACCAUUGGUUGCGAAGUCACAUGAACUGUCUCUAGCUUAUGAUAGAUGCUCGCUCCAAAAACUUGAACCUCCACUUGUUCUACAAGAAUUCGUGAACCAUGGAGGUGUGCUGUUUAAAGUUUAUGUUGUUGGUGAAGCCAUCAAAGUUGUCAGACGAUUUUCUCUGCCUGAUGUGAGUAAGCGUGAACUAUCGAAAUCUGCGGGUGUAUUCCGAUUUCCAAGGGUUUCUUGUGCUGCUGCAUCAGCUGAUGAUGCUGAUUUAGAUCCUUCAAUUGCUGAGCUUCCUCCAAGACCAUUGCUCGAAAGGCUUGCUAGGGAACUGCGUCGUCGAUUGGGCCUUCGGCUAUUCAAUUUGGAUAUGAUCAGGGAGCAUGGAGCACGAGACCGUUUCUUUGUCAUUGAUAUCAACUACUUCCCUGGGUAUGGAAAAAUGCCAGAGUAUGAACACAUUUUCACGGAUUUCCUACUGACCCUGGGAGAGAGUAAGUAUAAGAAACUUACUUCAAAGCCAGUUGAAGAGCCUCUGGGCUAAAAAAACAAAGAUUGAGACCAACUGCCAAGCAACUGCAUUCAUUUCUUCGAAAAUAAAAACACAAAGCUUCAAUGUUGAAAGUGAACAAAAUCAUGUUGUGCGCAAUUGGUUCCUAAAACGGGCAAGGAGAAGUUACAACCAUCAACAUCAUCUGGUAUAUAGCUUACGCCAGUCUGUUUAACCGCCUCUGAUUGCUUAAGGAUGAUUAGCCACCCUGUAAAUAAUGGGUAGUUGAUAAUUUUUUUUAUGUGCUCUUGUUUCCGUUAAUGAAUUUUCUUUAUUGACUUUGGUAACAGGUCGGAGGAUGUUAUGGAUCUUGUAAAUUCUUUUGAAAAACUAUGCAAAUAAACGCCCCUGACUAUGUUAUUCUCUUUGUUUUACAUUAUUAUUAUUGUUAGGAAUUUGAAAUGGGAUAUAAUCAUCUUUGAACUUUACUCUUUA